UUUGCUCGUCUAUCUGAGCUCCGUAGUUUGGACCAUCUUGAGAGCAUGGUCACUCUUUCGGUUCCACAUUCAAAACACUACCUCUUUCACAAUGGCUGACAUGGACGUUGACGAUGCGCCCGAAGUCGAAAAGGACGAAGACAAGGGCAAGCCUCGCAAGCGCUUUGAAGUCAAGAAGUGGAACGCUGUUGCGCUCUGGGCCUGGGAUAUUGCCGUCGAGAACUGCGCCAUCUGCCGCAAUCAUAUUAUGGACUUGUGCAUCGAGUGCCAAGCAAAUCAAGCAUCGGCUACAAGCGAAGAGUGCACCGUGGCCUGGGGUGUUUGCAAUCACGCAUUCCAUUUCCACUGCAUUUCUCGCUGGCUGAAGACGCGCCAAGUGUGUCCUCUGGACAACAGAGAAUGGGAGUUCCAAAAGUAUGGUCGUUAAAGCUGAAGAAUGUCCUGGUUGUUUGUGUGUGCGUGUGAGUGUUUUGAAUCAAAUAGAUGGUUUUUGUGUGGA